AUGUGGGGUGUGAAGGUUGGGGUUGGUAGUCAAGGUAAUUACAUGCCCGGGGCUAAUGUGAUGAGUUUUAAGCCCAUCGGAGGGCCCACGCUCGGUGUCUCGCGCAGGUUGCCUCUUAGGGAUGGCUACAGCAUUCCACAGUGCGGGUUUGGGACGUACCGCAUGACCCCGGCGGAGGCGGAAGCUGCUGUUGAGUAUGCUGUAAGCUGUGGUUUUCGUCAUAUUGACUGUGCCAAGGCUUAUUGCAAUCAGACAAGCGUGGGUGAGGCGAUUCGCCGACUCUUGAAGUCAGGAAGAGUAAAACGUGAGGACUUGUUUCUGACAUCAAAGCUAUGGCCGACAGAUCAGCACCCCGAUCAUGUGGAAAAGGCCUGUAGAGAAACAUUAGCUGAGCUUCGACUCGACUACCUUGAUCUCUACCUUAUUCACUGGCCAGUGGCGUGGCGCCACUCACCUGAGUUCAAGACGGACGACGACAAAUACCCAAAGGAUGCUGAUGGUCUUCCUGCGGUUGACAACACCGUGAAACUCAUUGAUACAUGGAGGGAGGUGUGUGGACUUGUUGACAAGGGUUUGGUGCGUUCGGUUGGCCUCUCCAACUGUGCAGAGAAACACAUCAAUGAAGUUAUGAGUGACGGAAAACUUUAUGCUCCAGUUCUAAAUCAGAUUGAGCUUCACCCAGCGUUGGUUCAGCAGGAUCUUAUUAGUGUGCACGGUGCAAAUCAUAUACUGACAGCUGCAUACAGCCCUCUAGGGAUGCCUUCGAGAUUCACACCGCCAGAUUACAAGGGUUUGCUGUCAGAUGAAACCAUGCAACCACUCUCUGAGCAUUCUGGUUUCAGCGUGGCCCGACUGCUGCUUAACUGGAACCUUGAUAUGCACAACGUUGUAAUUGUUCGCUCAACCAACAAGGAUCAUAUCAAAUCAAACGCCAAAGCUUCUCUUUACGCCCUCUCUGACCCUGUGAAAAUGAUCCUUGAUCGCUAUCAAGAGCAUAUGGGAACGAUUCGGACGAUUAAUCCCACGAACUUCACGCGUAGCGGCAAGAGUUUCUUUGAAUGA